CCCAGAGUUUUUAACUGUAACUAUCCUUAAUUAUCUGGAGUCCCUUGGGCUAGGUUUUGGCGUCUUUUGACUCCUUGUUACGACACCGUCCCCCAAAUCUACGUUUACUCCUUGCUAGCUGUUAAAGAUGGCUCGCACCAAGCAGACGGCCCGUAAAUCGACUGGUGGUAAGGCGCCUCGCAAGCAGCUUGCUACGAAGGCAGCGCGCAAGACUCCUGCGACGGGCGGUGUGAAGAAGCCGCACCGCUACCGCCCCGGCACCGUCGCGCUGCGCGAGAUUCGCAAGUACCAGAAGAGCACUGAGCUGCUCAUUCGCAAGCUUCCCUUCCAGCGCCUUGUGCGUGAGAUCGCUCAGGACUUCAAGACCGAUCUGCGCUUCCAGACCCAGGCAGUUCUGGCACUCCAGGAGGCCGCUGAGGCCUACCUGGUGGGCCUGUUCGAGGAUACCAACUUGUGCGCCAUCCACGCCAAGCGCGUCACCAUCAUGCCCAAGGACAUCCAGCUGGCGCGUCGCAUUCGCGGCGAGCGUGCGUAGGAGGAUAAAACUCCCCUAACAUGUGCAAAUUGAGCAUGGAAGCCUGAAGGGCCUCCUGCGUCAAGUGUAACACUUUUGAAGACUUGCAUACAUGCAGGGGGCGUAUGGAUUCUUGCUUGACUUUUGCUUCUUGAAUUUUACACAGCAGCGACUUCAGGCGAAUGCCUUCCUUUUUGAGCCAUCGCCGAGGCUUGGAGAGGUUUUACCUCUUGCGUGCGAGGGUAGCAUAUGUUCCGUUGUGUAAUGCCGCCUGACGUUGGGUGCUGGAACGUGCCCUUAUAUUUGUGCCAAGGUUUGUCGCAUGAUCGCGACGAUGUCGUUCCGCCACGUGUUGCAAAUGACAGAUCUGUGUAUCAUGGUUUCACUUAGUGCCGCGUAUCUCCAGGAUGGGCCGUGGAAUGCUUUGUGUCCAAUGCUUGUCUAUGCAUUUUGCCGGCAACAUGCCUUGUCUGGCCCAUGUACAUUAAUCACAAGCUGUGUAAGAUAUACAAUCCAGGAUUCGUGUG